ACCUUGCACCGCUGAUAGGGCCGAGGCCUCGUGGUCCCGCUCUCUCUGCUUCCACAUCGAUAUCAUUCUGUGAACAGGUCCCCUACAGUCGCUAUGGAUUCCCUCUCCCUCAUUCCCAUCCUCCUACUCCUGUCUUCUCACCAAACCCUAGGACAGGAUUGGACAGGAGAAGUCCUCAGCAGUUUCCAGCCCUUCGGACAUGAUCAGGCCCCCUUCGACUUCAAUGAUGUGGAGGGCAUAAUGAGAGAGGUCGGCAGGGCGGCUGUUCGGGAACCAGAUGGACAGCCGUUGUCGCUGUACCUGCCGGUGUUCGCCGACCCCGCGUCCCCCUGCGGCGUCGCGGUGGCAGCUAUGGCCUCUGCUCUCGAGGGAAACGCCCCCGGCACGGAUGACACGAUUGGCGUCCUGCGCAUGGUGGACUCGUGGGCCAAAGUGCGCGACGGUUUCCUGUACGGCCUCCCCUUCGUGCUGGGCGUCGGCUCCUACGGCGAGUGCCUCCACGCCCGCGCCCCCAACCUCGACAUCAGGGGAAAAUACUGCGUUAUCGUAAAUGUCGAUAACCCGAGUUACAACGGCACCCGGACGGAAAUCGACGAGAUGCUGCGUGUCGCUCAGCUCUCCGCUAACCUCAAUAUCGGCAUAUACACACAAUACAGCACAUGCAUACCCGACGCCUGCUCAGAGGAAGGACAUGGUGGUAUCCUAAAUGUUGCUGUCGGCGGACGAAAAUUGACGGGCGCCUUUUGUGAGACGCUGGACGAGCCGGCUCCAGACUUCACUGCGGGGGAUAUCGCGAUGAUAAGUUUCCUGAGCUUGAUGCUUGCUCUCCUGACGGCAGGCACUGUCGCUGACCUGUACCUCAGGAUCACCUCGAAGGCUCCUGCAACAGGUGUCCGGUUCCUGCUUCCGUUCUCGGCGUACACCAACCUGGAGAAAAUGUUCCACGUGGCGACCGAGCCUCGUCCGGGGGUCAUCUCCUGCCUGCACGGAAUGAGAGUGCUGUCUAUGACCUGGGUAAUCUAUGGCCACCAGUAUAUCUUCGAUAUUUACGUCGCUGUCAACUCGCUAGACUUACAAAAGUGGACAAGCGGACUGCUCUUUCAAGUCAUUUUCAACGCCACGGUGAGCACGGACUCCUUCUUCUUCCUGUCGGGGCUCCUGGUGAGCUACGGCGUCCUGAAGGAGAUCAAGAGGACGGGGAAACUCAACAUGAUUAUGUAUUACGUCCACAGACUCAUCAGGUUAACGCCUCCCAUCGCCCUUGUCGUGCUGUUCUUGGCGACGCUCUUCAGAUUCCUCCCUCGGGGCCCCUUGGCUUAUAUGGCAGAUUCAUAUUCGUCGCUCUGCGCCAAGAACUGGUGGAUGGACGUCCUGUACGUCGACAAUUACCUUGGCUUUAAUAAAACCAGCAAUCAGUCAAUUGACUGCCUCGGCCAGUGCUGGUACACCGCCGUGGACACCCAGCUGUACCUUGUGGCUCCCCUCGUGCUGCUGCCUCUCGCCCUCUAUCCCUCCAAAGGGAAGAUUCUGCUGUUCGUGGUAACUCUGGUGUCCUUCAUAGUCCCAGCAGCUGUUAUCUACGCCUACGACCUUCCUCCGGGGUCGAUAUCGGGCAGUGAUGAUGUCGAUGCUCUUGGUUAUCAAAAUAUGGUGUACUUUACACCGUGGUGCCGCAUGAGUGCCUACAUCAUGGGGAUCUGGACUGGCUACAUCAUCUUUGAACAGGGAUCAAAGAAACUUAAACUGACACCUUUGCACGUACUAACUGGCUGGACGAUAGCAGCGUUCUCGGCUUUGUCAGUGUUGCUUGGCAUGUGGAGUUACAACCAGUUGGAAGUCACUUAUCACUACGACCCCGUAACCCAGGUCCUGUACGGCGGCCUCCACAGGGGCGUGUGGUGCGCCGCCCUGGCCUGGGUCGUGGUGGCUUGUCACUUCGGCUAUGGAGGUAUAGUCAACGACUUUCUCUCUCACCCUUCGUGGCAACCGCUCUCCCGCCUUACGUACACUAUGUACCUCGUGGCCAUCCCUGUGCAGAUCUUCAUGGUUUACAACAUUAAAGAACUUCCCAUCAUCACGCAUAUAGACAAGAUCAUCCAGACUUGCGGCACAAUCUUCAUAUCAAUCGUUGCAGCUGUGUUAGUCUCACUUACAGCAGAGGCUCCUGUCUUGGGCCUCGAGAAGCUGAUAUUCAAGCGACCAGGCCGAGGCGAAGUUCAACCGCAGACCAAUGUUCUCGCCAAUGGAAAACAGGGCCACGAAAACCUCGCUUUCUCCGACGAAGGCCCCGUUGAGCUGGAAAAGAAAGAAAUGGUCGAGAUAGAAACGGCGCCGAAGGGUGACGUUGAGUGGUCUCUGCAUCAAGACUCCGAAGUAAAGGAAACGACCCUGUUGUAGUUGUUAUUGGAGUACAUGUGUGUUAGUUCCUCAGAUCAUUCUUGUCUUUUUAUCAUUUGUAGUGGAUAGUGAAUUAUAAGUAAUAAAACAUUCUUACUGUCAA